CUCUCUCUCUCUCUAUCUAUCUCACACAUAUAAUCUAUAACCAUAAAAGGAUGAAGCAAAGCAUCUAUGCUCUCUGAAUUUUACUUGUCAAUAGUUAAUAUGCCACACCUUUCUUUCCAUAUGGAACCAUUUAAAUGAAGUAUUCAAACUUUAUGUACUUUUGGCUAUGCUCAUCUCAAGCAAAGAAUAUAAAUGUAAUAGCCUUAAAAAAAUUGAUGAAGCAACCUUUUAGUUUCAAAAUUUCCUUACAAUUUUGCUAUUGAAAUUCAUACAAUUUGCACAUCAUUCUUUGAAUGGAUAUAUAAUUCUAGUUUUUCUUAAUUAAUCAUCAUUAAAAGGGUAAUUAACCAUUAUUCAUGGGUUUCAUAACAUGGUCACCAAGCCAUACAUGGCAACCAACAAUGACAACAGAUACAACUACAUCAAGUUACUGGUUGAAUUGGAGAUUCUUCUUUUGUGCACUAUGGCUAUUAAUCUCAAUGAGUCUAGCAUCUUAUUUAAUUUUCAAGUAUGAAGGAUUCAACAAACAAAGAUCUUCCGAGAGACGAGAAAAUCAUCAAGAUACAGAUGGAUUGUUAUAUGAAGAUGAAGCUUGGAAUACAUGUCUCAUAGGAAUUCAUCCUUCUUGGCUUCUUCUUUAUAGAAUCAUCUCUUUUAUUGUUCUUUUAGCUUUGAUCAUUGCUAAUGUUGCUGCUGAUGGACCUGGCAUAUUUUACUACUAUACUCAAUUAACUUUUACUUUGGUCACUAUUUACUUUGGGCUUGGAACAUGUUUUUCAAUUUAUGGAUGUUUAUUAAAGCAAAAUGAAUUUAGAGGAAGAACAGUGAAUGGUGCUUCUUUAGAUGCAGUAAGCACUUUUAUGGUUCCAACUCUGGAUAGAGUUUUAGAUAUUCCUGAACUGACUAAGAAUCAUAAUCAGGAAUUUCAUGUCAGGAAAAUUGCUGGUGUAUGGGGUUACAUUUUUCAAAUAAUUUAUCAGAUUUGUGCAGGUGCAGUGUUUCUCACUGACUUUGUCUUCUGGUUCAUUCUUUAUCCUUUAAGAACAUCCAAUCAUUACAGUCUUGAUUUUUUGGUUUUUUGUAUGCACACUAUUAAUGCUGUUUUCCUCAUUGGAGAUACAUCAUUGAAUUGCAUGCGAUUUCCAGUGUUUCGAUUCGCUUAUUUUGUGUUAUGGACAGCUACAUUUGUGAUUAUUCAGUGGAUAAUCCAUGCUUGUGUUACAGUUUGGUGGCCUUAUCCUUUUCUUGAUUUGUCAUCUUCAUAUGCACCUUUAUGGUACUUGGUAGUGGCUCUGAUGCAUUUUCCAUGCUAUGGAUUAUUUAUUUUGAUAGUGAAAUUAAAGCAUUUUUGGUUAUCUAGAUCAUUUCCUGGAUCAACAAGAACUGUAUAUUGAUGACAAAUUCUGAAAACAUUUUGAAGAUUAGAUUUAGAUAAUAGCUUAUAAAUAUGUAAUAUAAAUUCAUUUUCCUCAACAUUUUCAAGACUAGUUUAGAAGAAUGCAUUAUAAAUAAACUUAAUCAAAUACGGAGAGAAAUUGAUUCUCUGUUUUAACUGCGUUAAUGAUCUCAGCCGUUGGAUCUAAUUAUUGGUCGAGAUCGUCUUAAAUUAACAUAACAAUGGUGUAAUUUGAGACCGGGAUUUACUGCUGCA